CUCCCGCGGCCCCGCGCAGCCGCUUGGGCCGGGCCGGGCCGGGCCGGGAGCGCCGGGCGGGAGCAGAGCGGGGUCGGGACCAGCCGGGAUCCGCCGGGACCAGUCGUCUCCAGGACAUGGAGGGCGUACGGCAGGGCGGGGGGCCCCCCGCGGGUGGGCCGGGGUCCGGCUCGGGCUCCGCGUCCGGGUCCUUCCCGUCUCUGUUCCCGCCGGGGCUGCACGGUAUCUACGGCGAGUGCCGCCGCCUCUACCCUGACCAGCCCAACCCGCUCCAGGUCACCGCCAUCCUCAAGUACUGGUUGGGAGGACCUGACCCUCUGGACUAUGUUAGCAUGUACAGAAACCUGGGAAAUCCAGCACUGAAUGUUCCUGAGCAUUGGCACUACGUCAGCUUUGGGUUAAGUGACUUGUAUGGAGACAACAGGGUACAUGAGUUUACGGGAACAGACGGACCAAGUGGUUUCGGAUUUGAGCUGACAUUUCGACUGAAGAGAGAAACAGGGGAGUCGGCGCCGCCCACGUGGCCAGCAGAGCUGAUGCAGGGCUUGGCCAGAUACGUCUUCCAGUCAGAAAACACCUUCUGCAGCGGUGACCAUGUAUCGUGGCAUAGCCCUUUGGACAACAGUGAAUCUAGAAUCCAGCAUAUGUUACUGACAGAAGACCCUCAGAUGCAGCCGGUGCAGACUCCUUUUGGGGUCGUUACUUUCCUACAGAUUGUUGGGGUUUGCACGGAGGAACUGCAUGCGGCUCAGCAGUGGAACGGUCAAGGGAUCUUGGAACUGCUUCGGACUGUCCCAGUAGCUGGAGGCCCCUGGUUGAUAACAGAUAUGAGAAGAGGGGAGACAAUAUUCGAGAUUGACCCACAUCUGCAACAGGAGAGAGUCGAUAAAGGGAUUGAGACAGAUGGCUCAAACCUGAGUGGAGUGAGUGCCAAAUGUGCCUGGGAUGACCUCAGCCGGCCACCGGAGGAUGAUGAAGACAGCAGGAGCAUUUGCAUUGGGACGCAGCCCCGGCGGCUUUCUGGAAAGGAUACAGAGCAAAUCAGGGAGACUUUGCGGAGAGGGCUUGAGAUUAACAGCAAACCUGUUCUACCUCCAAUCAAUGCACAAAGACAGAAUGGGUUGAACCACGACCGAGCACCAAGCCGUAAGGACAGUUUAGAAAGCGAGAGCUCAGCAGCCAUCAUUCCUCACGAGCUAAUCCGCACAAGGCAGCUGGAGAGCGUACACCUGAAAUUUAACCAGGAGUCCGGAGCACUCAUUCCCCUCUGUCUAAGGGGAAGGCUCUUACAUGGACGGCACUUUACGUAUAAAAGUAUUACAGGAGAUACAGCAAUCACGUUUGUAUCAACAGGAGUAGAAGGAGCCUUUGCUACAGAGGAGCACCCCUAUGCAGCACAUGGACCUUGGUUACAAAAAGGAAUUUGGGGAGGCAGAGUGGAAUGACCUAAACAAGAAUGGAGCCAAAGCGGAAGAGCUAGAAAGCUGUGGGACUGUGAUCCUACAGAGCCAAAAUCUCAGUUAAACAUCAUCCCAAAUGGGAGAGCAGCACAGAGAGCACUGUUUCGUUCAGUUUUAGCUCUUUCCUGUUGAUUCUUUGACAAAAGCUCGUGAUGGCUUGAAGCACCCACACAUUUUCUGCACCCAGAUGUUUUCAGUAUCUCAGAUUUCCCGUGGAAAAUCCCCAUCUCCUUGGUGUUGAGGGUCAGCCCUAUGGAGCAGUGAUGCACUAAUGAUAUGACAGCAUAGCGCUAUUCUACCCUUGAAUUUCUUCAUGGUUAUAAACAUAUUGCAGAAAUAAAAAAGCUCGGAGGAAUGUGUUAAUGCAGAAAAGCCCAUCUCUGAGGAACUAUGUGUGCAGUAUGUCUCUGCCUUCGCUGUUACUGUGGCAGUCCUACCUCCCCUUCUGUUUUGAAGGCAGGGGUUUGUUUUAGCAUUGCAGUGUUGCAGUUUGCCUUCCAGUGACUUGUUUUUAAGGCUUUCCACAACCCAUGUUCAUAUAUCUGGAGGACAUCAUACCUUGAAAGCUGUAUGACUUGGAAAGGAGCUGAUCUUGGCCAGAAGCAUCUCGUGUGUAGGGAUUUUCAAAGAGCCUGUGUGCUUUGAUUGUACUGACUGGAAAGUGCAACUCUCCUAUAAUGAUUAACAGCAAAGGGUCAGGUUUAAGGGUGGGUCAUUUGCUGUUGGUUCCUGUGCUUGCCAACACAUGAUACACAGGAUCUUGUGACUGUGUUAACUCCAAACAUGAGUGUUUGUUUGCAUUUACAUCACAUCUCGAAAUGUAUUGAUGUGUAGAGUAGUCAGGUAACCUGUAAACAGUGAAGAAUGGCAACAAUUAUGUCACCAUUCAGACAUGUUAACCCUUAUGAACCUGGUUGUUUUCAUGCGUGUUACUUUGGUGCUGAAAACUGUGUAAGAUUUUUGGCGAAGACGGGAUGGAAAGGUGAAGAAUUGCUGGCUCAGAUGGCAGGGAGAAACAAGUUUCCUCGCUUGUCUCCUACACAAGGUCAAUGUAUUAGAUCUUCUUGUCUGGCAGGACCAGCUCUGCUCUUGGCCCCUGCCCCGUCCUGUUGAGUAUGAAGGAGGACAGGCUGGAUGGGGGAGGAAGGGAGGCUGAAAGCAGCCCGGGACAACAGGAGUAGCACCCGGUUGUGAGAUACAUGUGGGAGUGUCUGAGGCUUUUGGCUUAGAACGCAAUGGGAGGCUUGAUCCAUGCUCAGCAGUCCCUUGUGGUGUUGGGAGCAGGGGAGGGGGAGGUUCAUGUGGCUUUGCUUCAGAAGCAAAAGAAGCUGUGGUACAUGAAAUUUCCAAGGAGGCAAGCUGAGUUUGGUUUAGUCCAUUGCAGCCUGGGCUGGCUGAGUUGGCAAGCCCUGCUAAGCUUUCACAGCAAGGCCCAGAGAGGAUUUUCCUCCUCCCUCGCUUGGGACCCCAGGCAAGUGAGGAGCUCCAAGGAGAGUUGGUGGCUGAAAGCAGAUCACUGCAAUGCAGGGGCUUGUUGCAAAGACAAGUAAAUGAAGAAACUGUGGAGAAGAGGAGACAUGGCAGGCUUUUUCUCCUGUGGACUUUUUCCCUAUCCUAGGGGAGAAAUAAGAGCCUGAAAAAUCCUGACCUCGACUCAGCAGCAGCCAGAGGCUGACUUCUCUUGAGCCUGAGCUUUGGUGCAGUGAAAGCCCAAACCUGCAGACUAAACACAGUACCUCCUGUUUACAUUUUGUGGGCUGGAGUGGAGUGUGUCCAAGGUGGGACAGGCUGGAGAGCUGCUGCACCCGGAGAGCUGCUGCUCAGCCCCCACUGCCCAGGCUGAGCAAUGAGCUGAGAGUCGCUGGGCUCCAGUGGAGGGUUAGCAGAUGACAGGAGUUUGGCAGGUCCCAGCACCAUUCCUACCAGACAGGUGUCCAUAUCACCACCACAGCUGGUACUCAGUGGGAACUGCUUUAGCAGUCUCAGCAGAAAAAGCAAGGAGUCAUUCAACCACAGAGAUUGUACGGCCCAUUUGUAUCAACAGUCUUUCCAGGUCACGUUUAAGGCAUGUUAGUGGGGGAAGCCUGUCCUGCUGCUGCCCAUGCUCCGGGGAUGAUUAGAUUAUUUCAUUCUCCAGAACUGUCAAAUUGGCACCUUUCCCAAGUACUUGGAAUUUUUUUUUUUCACUUAAGUAACAUUUAAUUAGUUCUAAGAAGCUAAAUUCUAUUAAAGGUCUAAGCAUGUCGGGCUGGUUUAUUUCUGAACUUCUUCCACUGUGUCAUGUAUUGUUGAAUAGGGAAAUUGCUUUAACUCAGAAAUGUACAAACAUAUUCAAGAAGUCCUCCUUGUUAACACUAGACUCCUGUUUAUAUGCUAGUUACUGUGGCAAAGUCUCUGAUGUGUAACACUUGCAUUAACAUUACACAUGAUCAAAGGCUUCAGCGGGUUCUUUCUUCCACUCCCCCCAGUGGUGUGACAGCAGAGCCCCCACACUGCCUCCUAAGCACCUCUCCUCUCCUUUCCAAGGGGUAGAUGUUCCAGAUGCACAGGCAAAGACUGUGCAGGAGAUGUCUGGCCCCAUGCUGGAGGGUUAAGGAUGCGUAUCAUGCAGACAGACUCUGACAUAAACUGCCCCACGGUGACAUUCGUAUUUGUGGUGGAGCGUCCAAGGUUCUUGGUCCAACGUCUGAGCUGUGCCAAGCGUGCAAUUCAUCACAGAUUGACCUUAUUUGUCUCAAAAACAUUCCCAAAGCAAGGUGAGGUUGUGCGUGUAUUCUCCCUCCCUCCCUCCCUCCCUUACUUUUGUUCCAACAGAUGAUAGAGGCGCUGUGUUGAAAUGUGUUACUGAUCAAGCCCGUCCCAAUAAAGUUGCCUGAGCCUUUAAUACAUAUUAAUAUUAUCCUGGGGUAGUUUGUGUCAAAGCCUGUCAGCAUGCAUCAUCCUUUGGGAAUUACCAUCAUUAAGUCUCCAGUGAUGGGAGUCAGGACAUGCUUCUGCAAAGCUCCUCUGCUUUUAUGUGGAGCUCUCUGCCUGUCUAGCACAAAGCAUGCUGUUCUCUCCUCCUGCCUUGCUCACCUGGACUGCUUACUCUCCCCAGAGGGGAGAAGGAGGUUUGUUUAACACUACCUUUAGAUAAUUUCUGCUCCUGCUGCUUUAGGCACUCAUUGUUCUAGGGAAGAAGAUGACACUGAAGUCUUUGAUCAUGUGCAGCGUACAUGUUAAGCAUCAGAUAUUGCUGCAGACUCUGACAUACGAGCCAAUACAGUGCAAUAAAAACAAACCUAUAGUUAAAGAGUCCUUGUUAACUUUAAAAUCUAGCACACAGAAUUUAAGAAAUAUCUCUGCACUUUAGCCUUGCCCCUGUUACACGUGUAUUUCAAUACAAUAUCUAAUUGAAGGAUUACAGCUAUUUUUAACAAAGCGUGCCUGCCUCAUUCAGUGCACAGAGAUGCAGUGUGUUUGGGGGAUGAAUCAGGAAUGUGGAGUAAAGUAGGCUGUUGCAUAUAGGAAUUCCACUUCAUUUGUUUGUCAAAAUUGGAAGGUGUGUAGUGAAUGAGGCAGCUAAUUGCAGAAAAAUCAUGAUAGUCUUACAGCAAAGCCUGUUAAAUAUUGCCCUGGAGAAUUGGAUCCUGUUUCUGCCUCUACUGCACUUUUCUUUCGUGAUGCUAUUCCAGUGUCUUAAGCUAAAAACUUCUCACCUGGCAAGGGAGUUUGUGUUGCUCAUUUUCUAGAUGCCCAGCUCAAGACCUGAGGUCUGAUCUGUGUUCCCAGUGACAAGAGGAGGCCAGGAGAAUUCCCCUGCAGAUAUCCUUAUGACCCACAGGACUGGGCUGGAAAACAGAGACCUGCAAGUCUUGAGAUGGGCACCCAUGAGAAGUGGACCUUCAGAUUCAUUUUUCUCUUCACUGAUUUUCCUAUGUCUGUUCAGGGAGACCUCCUUCCAGUCAUCCUGUGAAGGAUGUAAUGAAUUCAGUGCUUGCCAGGCAUUCCAGCUCCACAGAUGAACACUAGAAACAAUUUCAGGACGAGAUUAAAAUUUGUUCAUGCAGGUCAGGAUCAAGAACAAGUAAAAAGGAUCUCUCUGGGGUAGGGGGUCAGCCUGGGAGCCAUGUCAAAGACCCACAUUCAGCUUCCUGCUCUUACAGGUUUUCUCCGUGACUGUAAGUCUCUUACCUUCUUUUAGCCUCCAUCCUCCAUUUGCUGUGUGGAGAGCAACACUUCCCUGCCUCACAGAAAUGUGAGGCCAAGCACAUCAGAGACUAUGAGAGUGAUAAAGACAGUCAGAUGAAGUACUUCCAGUGUUAUCCAUGCUGACAGUAGUUGGAUGGAGCAUAUUAAAUAAAAGGGAAGAGAGUAAGAGAGAAUGGAGAAGCAAGUUGAAUGAUAAUGAAAAGCAAUGAUGACUAAUGCUGCAUUAGUGGGCAGAACCAUCCUGAGGACUGAGGAGGGCAGAGGUCUUGUGGGAGAAAAACUGCAGGUGAUCCUGUGAUUGCAGAUUUAUUUCAUGAGGCAGAUAUAUCUGCUGGGGCCAAAUUAGCAUGGCACAAAUUCUGUGCAGCAGUUUCCAAAGUUUUAUAUGCCCAAUGUCACUGGUCUCUGAGUGCAGAGGGUCUUUUUCCAGGUAAUUUACUUGAUUUCAGGGCGAAUCCUGUCUGGCAGAUGGAGGCUAUGGUUCACUGUCACUGGGCACCCCCUGAUUCUCAGCACAAAGUCUGUGUCUGCAUGAGCCGAGGAGCUCACAGCAGUAGUGGGGUGUUACCCUCUGACACCAGCCACUGCUGGGGGAUGCUCUUUGCUUGAUUCCUAUGCCAGUAGGUUCACAAUGUCCAUCAGACAGCACGUGGAUGCUGAGGCUGUGGAAAUGGGGUUCUCCAGUCUCCUUGCCCUUUGUGUUGCCUCCAUUUUGACCUCUAAUCUGACCUUCAUCCUGUUUUUCUUUGUCUUCCCUCAUCCUGGCCUGUCUCUUGCUUUCUUCUCCUUCCCUUCAUUGAAGUUGGCAGAUUCCUUCUCCUGCUCCUCCACAUGGCCUGACUUCCAACAGAAACACUGAGAGUACUGGAGAGUUUCCCUGCCUUUAAUCCUGGUAUGCCUGGUGACAUAGCAAUCCCUUGCUGCUCAGAGGAAUGAUCAGAGUGAAAAUCACUCCUUAGCUACCUCUGCCCUGUGUUUGGGACAGAGCUACCUUGGGCUGGGACGUGCUCAAUGAAGAAGGGCUCUUCAGUACAUUUUUCUGCAUUUCUUGGAAAGGCUGUGGACAAACAGUACUUUCAGAGGCUUCUGACUUAGCAAAGCAUUUUUAUGCUUGUCAGACUUGUCCUCCAGAACACUUGUUUGCUAAUCUUCAUCACCUUCCUUGUAAGGGGUAGUUCUUGUACUUUGCAACAAAAUGAUCAUACGCAUUUGCUGGUCCUGUCAAAAUACACUUUUUCCAAAAUACCUCUCUCAAUUCCUUUUUUCCCUAAAAACCUUUAGAAAAAAAAAUCAAAAACAAGGCAUCCGGCAUGGAAAAAUAAGUUGAGGCUUAGGACAGCAAGGUCAAACCUCUCAUAGAAAAUGUUAAAUGUGCCUGUAGGCAGGAUAGGUACAUGGAAGCCGUGGGAAGCAUCCAGCAUGCAGGAGCUAUCAACAUGCGCUAUCUAUGCUGGCAGUCACAGCAGAGGGGGGAUUACUGUGAGCAGGGUCAUGGGGGACGAUCCAUUCUUUUGGUUUGGCAACCUAAGGGAAAAAUCUGGGAAAGAAGAUCAAACUGAGGCCAAUCUUGAAAUAUUUUCAGUUUUUCUUGCUGAAACAAAAGCCUUAAAGAGACCAAAAGCUGAAAUAAAAUCCUUUUAUGUUGAAUGAAACCAGAAAUAAGAAAGUUUUCCUCAAUAAAAACAGAGGGGAAAAAUCUAGUUUUGCAGAAUAGGGCUGGAGUUGUUAGAAGUUUUGCCUUCUCUAAUCAAUACUUGAGGGACAUAAUACUUGCGUAGGAUAUGAGAAACUCAAAUUUUAUUUCUUUCCUUUAGUUUGAACCCCUAUUUCUACUUCUUUGCUUUAUGGGUGCCAUAACUAUAGGGUAUUUUGGUUCUUCCUCAGCUUGUCCAAUUGGAGUUGUUCCACAUCAUAUAAAACACUGAAUUAGUCAAGAGACAGAGUGCACAAGAGAAUGACUCCUCCAGUAGAGUCAGGACAUUCCCCUGGAAAUGAGCACAUCUGGUUCUUCUCUCUGCUAAACCACAUGUUAAAUCAUUUAUGCACAUUGGCAUAAUGGCAGCAGCAGAGGUUCAAAGCAACAUUUGAAACAGCUACUCUGAUGCUUGAGAUGCUCACUUGUGAGUGGCAGCUAUGGGUUGAGUCCUCUUUUGAAGAGAUAGGAUUGAUUUUUGGUCUCCACAAACUUGAAUAGCGGUGUUAUGCCUAGCAUGGUGAGCUCAAGGACAACACCCAGAAGCUGUUUUAAGAAAUGUACAACUGCAGCCUGGUCUUCUCCAAAUAAGUUAUAGCUGUCCACUCAAGAAAACUUUUUCAGAAUCUUUUGGGUGGUUUCCCCCAAAUCCUUAAGCAGGUCAUGGGAAUCUAAGGUAACAUUUUUCCAGUAAGUUUAUCAUGUUCCCCAAACACUCCUCAAAACCUCACUGCAUUAUCCCUUUGUGUUCUUCUCCCUCACUGCUGAAUGAGACACUGAGAGAAACUUACUCCAGGGUAGAAAUGUCCCGUUCGGACAUCACAAUCCUCCCGAUAUCAACUCUCCUGCAACGUGUUCUCUGGUACUUUGUCCAGGCUAGUUUUGGAUGAGUCAAGUUCUUUCAUCCUUCUUAAGCUCACUGUCUAUCCAGCCACCUAAUGCCCCUCCCUUGCCACUCAAACUACAUUUUUGGCUACUUUGUACAGGUUUUCUUCCACCCACUUGGAGCAUUCCUUGAAAUGCCUGUUAUUCCUUUGCUUUUUCUCUCUGAAAAAAUUGUUAUUGCCUGUUGUCUUGGCUCCCUUGUCAGCCCUGUCCUCAACUGAGCCAAAAUUUAUGUGUUGAAUCAGAGCAGCCUGGUCUGCAAUACGGAUCUCAUCAGUCUAGGUUCUAAGGAUCUCAGGUCCUUGCAAUUGGGAGUGUCAUAGAGAGAUUCCACAAGGUCAAAAUCUUUCCAUGUCAUCAUAUACUUCCUCUUCUGGGGUAGUAACAUAGCAGAGUGAAGCAAUAGAGUCCCUGAGGCAUCUGUGAGUGGAUGUUUCUCCUUUACAAGGAGGGUUGUGAAUUUCCUGGAAGAGCAACGGUGGAAUUUCCCAUCAAAGGUGUUUGUUGCAAUACUGGUGCCUUUGAGGUUGUAAUGAGAGCUGUGGUGGAUUCAGACAGCAAGGUGGCCUCUUCAGACGGCGUCAGGGCUGAGCGUGACGUAGAACAAUGAUGUGACAAGGCCUCUGCCCUGAACCACUUGCAGUCUGAGCAAAGCAGUGCAAAGAAGGCAGGGUCAAGGGGAGAGCAGAGAGAUGGGCCUGGGGGGGCCUGUGGCGCAGCAUCUGAUUCAUCAGGGCAUUUUAUUGGUGGGAAUUUCAGUGGGAAAUGCUGACACACUUCUACUUCACUUUUUGCUGUGCUGCUGACAAAAAUUAAGCUGAAACAUUUUCAGGGCAAAGGACUCCUAAAAGUAGAUGGAUAUUUGCAGAUGUAACAGGUGAUAUGUGGCUCAGGAUACAACUGCUCCACCUGUUCCAGGGAUAGCGCCUGAUGGAUGAACAAUUUCUUAGAAGGGUUGAUAUGGUUUACAUAGGGGUUUAUUGCAAUGUGUCCCCACCUUCUCUGGCUAGGCCAUACAAGCCAGCUCUGUACUAAGUCCAGAACUAAUAAAACAUGGUUUUCUUUCUUUGACAAACCUGCUAGAAGAGCAAGUGUUUAAUGCAAACAAAGCACUAGGGCAAAGUGUGAGAUUGUUUGGUUUUUUCCUAGGUAGGCAAGAAAAGAGAGUAUUGUCAGUAAAAGCACCUCUGCUUCACUGUACCUGGGCCAAUUGCUUGUGUCUUGCCCUGGACAAAGUGUGUUUCCUGAAGUUGGAAAGAGCUGCAGCUCAACUCCUAGUUCAGCUUUUUCAUUGAAGUCUUUCCAGCUGUACCAGGCAUUCAACAUCAGUGUGACCUCUGGUCUUAGCAGUGUUUUCUGAGCAGACAAUUUCAAGCCCUCAUGGGAGAGUCGAACCCUGUAGCGAGAGAUGGGGAAUUAACUGUGGGGUCGUACCUGUAAGCUGACUAUAAAGCCUUUAAUGUUUUACUAAGCACCAGUUGCUUUCAAAGUGAGCUGAACUCAUCUGGAGCCCCAUGACUUUGUGUACAUUUUUUAGAUUUCACCUCUUUUCAUACACUUGCAGCCAUGUACCUGUAAUGAGUCACGGUACAGGUUUCUCAGCCAGCUGCAGGUAUGAAAGCUUCCACACUGAAAGCUUCCACACAAACUCCUUCAGGUAAGGACCCAUAGGUAAGCCCUGUAGGUAAGAAGUAGAUUUCAGCAAGCUCAGGUGAGACUUGCCACGAGAGGGAGACAGCAUGUGUUCCCUGAACACAUCCACCUGAAUGAGACAGCCUAGCCUGGUAUUUUGUAACAUGUCUGGACACAUGCAGCUGUUAGUGAAGUCGUGAGAACCCAAACUUCGGACCUCAGCCGUGCAGGAGGUACCUGUGAUAGAAAACUCUUUUGUCUAGUGAUCAUCUUCCAAGCAUCUGUAGCAUGACUAGGUGCCACAAAACACAUGGCAAAUGGAAUCUAGAUCUGCUAGCAAUGGGAUAGCAUGUGUCCAGGCCUCUCUAGGUCAGGUCAGAGAGAUCCUGGUGCAAGCAGGACUGUGCAGCACCCAAGGAGAUGUUUCAGAUAUCCGCAGCUGUCUGGCGAGGCCGUUCACUGUUCAUACUGCAAACAGCCAUUGCCAGUGCUGAGCUGUACCCUGUAACCAGCUUUGGCAGGCUGGGCUGACCAAGUGUUUGCACAGGGCUGUGAAAACAACCCUGUGAGCACUGGGCUGCUGCAGCACCCGGGACACCCACCACUGCAGAGGACCCCUCCUUUGCUUCCUCAGCACCAGCCGAGAGAUUUCAUGGGAGAAAAGGCUUGUUCAGUGCGCAUGGGAUGGCUUCGUUUGCCCUGCAGAUUGCGCCGGCUUUUCCCAUGGCUGCAGCACAACAGUGAGGCUCUGUUUUCCUUUGGGAAGGGAAUAAGCUGCUUCAUCAUUGGGAUCUCUGUGGAGUGUCCUGUUGAUAAGAUCAGUUAAAAGCAUCAGAGGAAAACUGUAGAUUCAGGUCUGAAGUAUAAAGUGAACGGGGCCUAUUUGUUUAAUUUGAGCUUCUAAGGUUUAAAUCCCAGAGGAAAUUAAAUUAGGUGCCUAGAGCAAUAGCAGUCUGUCAUGUUUAUUUCCUGGGAAUGUCACCUUUAAUAUCAUGCACAUAUAAUAUGUGUGUGUGUCUGUGUGUGUGUUAAUGUAAUGGGGUACCAUACUGUGCAGGAGCAGGCAUGCUACAAGAACUGGAAAUGUGAAAUAUUGUGAGUGAGGAACAUUGAGAUGGGAUUGGAUUUAUUCUCAUCCUUCUCCGUAAGACUCACUCACCACCAUGAAGGUGGUUUUGCUGAUUGCAGGUGGGUAUGGUAGCCUGAUCUAUGAGCACAGGCCUUAGUGCUCUUGGGCCUUUUUGAUGGUGCUACUUCUAACAGAAGAAAUCUUGUCUAGACGCGAAUCCAGGAUGACAAUACUUCUCGCUUCCAAGCCCUCUUCAGCAGUUGGUGAGCUGCUGGCACAUGCCUUCCCCCUGCAUCCUCAGGAGAGCUCAAGAGUGUCAGUUUCCUGUAUUGAGGGAUGAGGCUGCUUGUACAUUUGGUUACAUCAGCACUUUAGAGUCUUCCUGCUUCUCCAGGAAGGAAGGCAGGUCUCCCAGCAGCAUGGGGUAGUAGGGUUUUGGGUGAGUUUUUUUUCUGUCUUGGACUGUUAAGGAUGGGUUCUGAGAGACACGCUCUGUGUAUGUGAAUGUCACUGCAGCAGUUUGUCAUUGCAGCCUGUGAUUCCUGCCCUCCGCCAAAGUUAACUGUCCAUGCAGGGCUGGCAGAACAGCACUGUGAUCUUUCCUCAGUGUAGAGCAGGCUGCCAUUGCUUUGAACCCCCAAAUGUUGUCCACCAGACAGCUGAGCUGUGGACUCCUGUCCCACUCCACUUGUCAGACCCUUCAGGGAGCCAGUUCAGCUCAGUACAUUAGUGGAAUUUGGGAGUUUUUUUCAGCUGGAUUACCAGCAUUCAGAGAGGGGGCAGUGAGCUGCAGAUGGGCUCAGCCAUCUCAAGGCAUUGCACCUAGUUUCAGUGCAAGCCACAGCGCUCCACAUAGGUUUGUAGGUACUCUGGCAGUCUGUGGCUUAGCCAGGACCUGACCUGUCCCCUCUUUCCCUGUCUCCACCCUUUGCUGUUUACCUCUUCAUACCGUGUCUUGUUUUCCUCCAGCCUCAGAGCAGCUGGCUGCCUCGCACACGUGGUUCCCAUUUCUCUCCUGCCUCUGGCACCUUGGGAGCACCCAGGGGUCUUCCUGCUGUGCUUGUCUUCUAGUCUCCCUGCCAAAGCUGCAGCUCCUCAUUCCUGCUCUCUCACCCAUCCCAACCUCUGGCAUUUUUACUCAUCCGUGGAUGGCUGAAUAUUCAUUUCCUCCUGGCCUGAUUGCUGUGAAUACCAAUUCCUCCUCCUUUUUCCGGCUGUUCUGUAGAUUUUGAUGUCUGCCAAAUUGUUUUCAUUCCCUCACCCCACUGCAGACUGCACCUCCGCAGAAAGCGAUCUGCUCUGCGCAGAGCCCCGGCUCCCCACCCAGCUCUUCCUUCUGAGCUGAGCGAUCAGGUUGCUCUCCUGCCUCCAACAUGGACAGACGUCUCCCUCCUCCUGCAAACAGUCAGCAAAUGAGUAUCUCCAAUUCAACAGGCAGAAUAGUUACAGGCCCCUGCAAGGAGACUGCAGCAGUUUGUGGUGGUACUGCAUGUUUCAGUGCAACGUUCCUCAGCUUGCCAGUCUGCAGAUUGGUGCCAGAUUGCAGAGUCCUGUCCAAAGCAGCAAGCUCCUGGCUCCUAGCUGAAGCAGGGUUUUUUCAGGUUCAAGGUAUGAUUAAAAAGGCCUGGUGAAGGUGCCUGCAUCCAUGCUGAGCAGCUUGGUCAUAAACCCCAGCCUGGAGCCUGCUGCACAUUAAAGUUAAGUGAAGAGAGGAAUGCAGUGGAGAAAGGAGCUAGUGGUUCCCUCGUCCCCUGGGAAAUCUGUGUACAAUGACAGCAGGGUGGCAUGAUUGAGGGGAGAGGACUGCACACACCUGGUAGCUCUCAGAUCUGGAUUUGGUGGCUUUGGAUCUCUUCUCUUGCCAAACAAAGGAAGGAGACCAGAAUCUUCCCUUUCUCUUUCUGUCCAAUAGUCCUGCCUAUGCAUUGCCAAAAUGGAGCCCAGAGGCUUCCACUUGCCUGUGGCACCCUGGCAGUCACUCUCCACUGAUGUUCCUGGCACCAAGCUGCCGUUGGGCACGGGAGUUGUCUUCCUGCAUGGCGAUGGGACAGCCUGGCUGCCCCUCUUCCCGGUGUGAGCUGGGGAGCAGUGCAGCUGGGCACUUAGUUCCAGCAGUGUUUAGUGCUAGACAGGUCCCUUCUCUGGAGCAUGUGGAUCGUGACUGGGAAGAACAGGGAAAGGGAGGGGUGCAAAAGGGGGCAUGGGGAUGGUGGUUGCUUCAGGAUGGAAAGUAAUGCCAGAGAUGGAGGAAAGGGUGGACCGAAGGAAGGAAAGGAGGAGCAGGGGAAAAGAAAUAAACCUGUAGGCUAAAAUGGGAAUAAUAAUCCACUGGAUGCUGCUGCAACCUAACUCCCAGGAAUGCUGCUCCAAGGCCCCCUCACUGCGUGGGGAUGUUUGCCUGGUCCUGCACUGCCGGCUCUGCUCCUGUGCCAAACCAGCUGUCCUGCCUGGAGCUCUGGCCUUUGUGGCUGUUGUGAAGAGGGCAGGAUGUGUUUGCUUUUGGCUAUCACGUGGUUUUUAAAAGAGGGUGGGAGUUCCUCCACUUGAAUUCCUGGGGCUGGUUUCCCCCAUGGUGUCUCUGGUUUCUGUAACUUGGGGGACUCCAUGGAGCUGGGGUCCUGGCCUGCAUCCGGGACUGUUGACUUGACAGCAGCUGUUUUCUUGGGCUGCUUCAUGCUUGCCAGCUGGCUUUGAGAUGAGCCAAAAGUUUUCCCAGCACAGGCAUGCAAGAUGGGCAUGUGCCAUCCCAACAUGGAGGUGCCGAGCAUGGGCACCUCUGGGAACACCUCCCAUAGCCAGCAUCUGGUUCAUCUGAACAAUGUGCUGCACUGGGGCCAAAGCCUUCCCCAUGCCUGGAGCACCAACUCUGCACAGGUCCCAGUCUCUUCCUGUGCUGCUGUUUCCUGAUUAAACUGUGAGCUUAACUUCAAUGGAUCAGAUAAAAGUGGCUGUCUCCCACUGUCUCUCCAACAGUUGUUAUCUUGACCCUUUUUCCUCCUUCCCCACUCUGUCUGUCUAAAGCCGAGCCUCUAAUUUUAGACUGAGGAAGAUAAUUGAGGGUCAAAAAAGAUUGCUGUAUAAUUUCAACAUUUUUUUCAGUGGUUGGGGUGGAAGGCAAAGUUAGGAGCUCCUUGCCCUCAAACCUUUGUAUUGUGGGAAAGAAGGACAUAGGGGAAGGAUUGAGUUGGUACAGUCUGCUCUCUGCAGAAGCCAUGCUGUCUCCUGGCAAUUGGCUAAAACUAAGAGUGUGAAGGCAUAAACUACUGUAUUUCCA